UCAGAAGUUUGAUAUUCUAUGUUUGUUAUUUUGUCUGGGGGGACUUCAUAACAAGAUCAAACAACUGUAUGGGCAGCAAGGUCUAUAGGAAAUUUUUUCUUGUUGUAGCACUCAUCCCAUAUUGGUUACGGUUUGCUCAGUGCUUACGUCGCUUGCUUGAAGAAAAAGAUAAAAGGCAUUUGUUUAAUGGCUUAAAGUAUUUCUCAACAAUCCUUGCAGUUGCCAUGAGAACAAUUUUUGACUUAAAGGGGCCUUCUUGGCUGAUCUUGGCUACAGCCACUUCAGCUAUAGCAACAAUUUUUAACACAUAUUGGGACAUUGUUAUAGAUUGGGGUCUACUAAGAAGGAAUUCAAAAAAUCCUUGGUUGAGAGAUAAACUCAUCAUACCAAAUCGAAGUGUUUACUUCAUAGCUAUGGUAGCAAACAGUUUGUUAAGACUUGCUUGGAUGCAAAUAGUGUUUGGCAUUAGGGAUGCACCUUUCAUGCAUGAAACAGCAAUGAUUGCAUUAAUUGCCAGCUUAGAGAUCAUUCGUCGUGGCAUUUGGAAUUUCUUCAGAUUGGAGAAUGAGCAUCUAAACAAUGUGGGCAAGUAUCGAGCAUUUAAGUCUGUGCCGCUACCUUUUCACUAUGAGUAAUGGAGACGGGUGUAGAAUACAUACACAUGGUACAGAAGGGAAUAGAAGAUGAAAUCUUGUCAGUAUCCAUAUAUGCAGAGAGAACAUCCUUCCCAGUCCUUACCAGUCCCAUCUUUUUGAUGAACAAAGAUGAAGUUUGGAAAAGAGUUUACUGCACAGAUGGUGCAGGAAUGGCAAGACGCCUACACAGACUACAAUGGUUUGAAGAAACUCCUGAAAGAUAUAUUGCAUUUCAGACCGCAAAAUGAACCGCCGUCAAUGGCGGUAGUCAGCCCAAUGGAUGGAUUGAAAAGAAGGGUUUCUUUGUACAGAGCGUUUAGUGGACUAACCAGUCGGUACAUGGGGCCUCCAUUGAAGAAUGAAGAGGAAGUGAUACUGGUACAUCAUAAUCAAGAAGAAGAUGAAUCAUCGCCGGGGCAUUACCAGACUUCUUUCCUCAGGUCAUCUGAUGAAGGAGGAGAGUAUGAGCUUCUAUUUUUUAAGAGGUUAGAUGCUGAGUUCAAUAAAGUGCUUAAGUUCUAUAAGAAGAAUGUGGAGGAAGUGAUUGUGGAGGCUGGAGUGACUAAGCAAAUGAAUGUUUUAAUUGCUCUCGGAUUAAGGUCAUAA